ACGAAGAUUUAGUCAAAAAAAGAAAUAAAAAAUGAAACCCAGAGAUGAAGCAGACUUUUGCCACGAACAUUUGCUGGAGCUACCUAGCCAUUGAACCCACAAUUGCAGCGAGCACCGACAUCGGCAAACCCAAUUCCUAAUAUCCACAACCGCAGUAGACGCACCAAUAAUCGAACAACUUCAUCGACACACUCUCAUAUUCACACUCUUACUCACACCACCCUCACACCACCCUCACUUUUCCUGUCACGCCCACACAUACCACUCAAAUCAACAACCCAACCAUGGCCUCAACCCAGCCACUCCGCGUCGGCUACGUGCCCGAGCACUUCUCGACCCCCCUGCACUUCGCGCGCAAGCACUACGGGCUGGACGCCGAGCUGAUCGCCUUCCCCUCCGGCACGGGGCACAUGAUCACGGCGCUGCGCGCGGGCGAGAUCGACGUCGGCAUCGGCCUGACCGAGGGCUGGGUCGCGGGGCUGGGCAAGGCGCAGCAGCAGCAGGAGGGCGCUGGGGACGGGGGGUUUCGGAUUGUCGGGACGUAUGUCGAGACGCCGCUUUGCUGGGCGAUCUCGACGGGCGCCAACCGCCCCGAAAUCAGCAGCGUCGACUCGCUCCAGGGCAGCAAGAUCGGGGUGUCGCGGAUCGGGUCCGGCAGCUACGUGAUGGGGUACGUGCUGGCCGACGAGCGCGGGUGGCUGGUGCCGACGGCCGGGGCGGGCACGGGGCGGGAGCAGGCGUCGCCGUACGCCGAGACGGUCGUGCUGGACACGUUUGCCAAGCUGCGCGCGGCGGUGAAUUCGGGGGAGGCGGAUUUCUUCAUGUGGGAGCAUUUUACGUCCAAGAAGUAUUUUGAUUCGGGGGAGAUCAGGAGGGUGGGCGAGAUUUAUACCCCGUGGAGUAGUUGGAAGAUUGUGGCGUCGACGGGGCUGGAUGGGCGGGAGGAUGGUGCGAGGAGGGUGGAGGAUCUGAUGGAGAGGUUGAAUCAGGGGAUUGCGCAUUUUAAUGCGAAUCAGGAGGAGGCGGUUGCGUAUAUCAGCACCGAGUUGGACUAUUCGGAGGAGGAUGCCAGGGAGUGGCUGAAGACGGUCAGGUUCCCGGAGAGGACGCAGGGCGUUGAUCCGGAGGUUAUCGUCAGCACCAUCGACGUUUUGUGCAAGGCGGGAGUCCUGUCUUUGGGCGGGGGUUUGGAUGCGUCCGCCAUGAUUGCAAAGAAGCGGUAGAUAGGUAAGGAUAUCUAUCUGCCGGGCGAUGGAAGGGCAUGUAAUGACAUUGUAAGUGAGGUUCACAACGGCAACUUCUUGUUUAACCACCAACAAGUGUAAUUACAUACGCUGCGAGACGGGUGCAUUUGUAUAAACAAAACCUGACCUUCAAGUAC